GUUGUCUGGUAUGUUUGAACCAUUGUUUCUUUUUGUCAGGAGGUCACAGUCAGACAUGGCCUUAAUGAGGUUUCUUGUUUGGGAGGUACAUCCAUAGACUAAGUGGCUCCAUCGUGUCUCUGAAGUUGAUGGGCUGCUGUUUGUUUCUGAGACUGAUAACAAAGGAACCUUUCCAAAAUUCAAAAUGCACUGAACUGUAAGAAUAAUCAAAAAAACAUUUGCCCUUUUGAGUUCCUUGCUGCUGCUGUAGUUCCUCAUAGAGCUGCAAAUAAUGAGCUGCACAUUCUCACAUUUGAAAACCUUAAACCAUUGAAUGCUCGUCAUUUUUCUUAAAAAAGAAAAAGAUUAAUUGACUUAUAGAAUGUUUUUGAUUUGAAUUUAUUUUUAAUCGACUAAUGAAGCUUUAGUAACAGGUAUGUCUGUCUCUGCCUUUGUUCAGGAUUGUUUUAAAUCCCUCCUGAAGUUUCUAACUCAUGAGAGAUUGAGUACUCAAGCUAUAUUAAUAUUGCACUUUCAUAAAAAUGGGGAACUCAAAAAGAUAAAUAUACUGCUAUUAUAAUAAAUAACACUAUUGACAUUUAUUUUCUUAAACCGGUUCAAAUCAAAGCAGCAGCAAGUUAUUCUUACAAACGGGUCCAAAAACACUUGAUCCUACAUUUCCCACAAUGCAGAUGGUGCAUGGUGUGUCUUUCAUUACACUUUUCCUGCCACUUUAAACACAACUUUGCCAGUUUAUAAUGCAGGCUUUUAGUUAAAAAUGUGGUGUGUCAAACCCAGAUGUUUGUCAGCCUUUACAAAGCCCCCCCACCCCCCAGGACUGAAUUACUCAAUUUUGUGAAAUGAGUGUCCUUUUAAAAACACCGCCUGAGCCUCAAGAGCAUUCAAAUUAAACUAACCCAUACCAUGAUCACUAUAAUGUGUGUAAAGAAAAGGAAGUUACGGUGUUUUUCCACUUACAAACCCAAACACAACUGCCAUGUAAAAAAAGAAAUAUUUACACAUUUUGCUUGCAUUUAAUCUCAUACUCUUUUAAGGUGUCUUCAAAUAUAUAUUUUUUAAGUUAUGAAGGGGAUCUGUUUGUGUAAGCAUGAUUAAGAGGACUAAAGUGGGUUUGAACCAGUCGCCAUGUGAAGAACAGAAAGAGGAACCAACUGUGUUUGGUAACGGUGUUGUAACUCACGAGUUUUCACAGCUCAUAACCACGGCUUUGUUAUUGGUUUAAUGUAACCUUUAGAGACACGACACAUUUUCGGAUGCUGCAAGGGACGCGCACAAGCAGCGCGCCUUUACGCGUGAACUCGUAGGUGUUAACGUUGAUUUAGGUGCUGCUCAUAGCUGAGAAAAGCUUUUGUUGGCGCAUUAACCGGUUCAGCUGACCAGCAUGGGGACCCAGUUUGACCUAAUCCAUUACAUUGCGUUUUAUUAUAUGUUUAACAAUUAAGGAUAUUUUUGGAGAUGCUCAGAACAAGGUUGAACUCUGUUUUGCUCUGUUAGUGUAACUAUUUGCAUUAUGUAUUUGUAAAUAUGACAACGACAGAUCUCUUAUUGUGAAUAAAGGAAGUUUUAUCACAGGAGUCAAAUCAAUCAUGGAGCAGUUUGUGCCUGCUAGUCGCUCUCUGUCAGUCUGCAGGCGGGUUUGUUUCGCUGCAGGACAUUUUCUCAGCGACCUGUGCUCCUCCAUGUGGUUCACAUACCUGCUGGUCUACCUCCACUCCGUGCUCGGCUUCAGGAGCACCUAUGCAGGUGUGUUGCUGCUGAUCGGGCAGAUAGCUGACGGAGUAUCUACGCCUUUGGUUGGAUAUCAAUCCGACAAAACAUCGUGCAUCUACGGCAAGAGAAAAACCUGGCACCUUCCAGGAACGCUUUGUGUCCUUGUAUCUUUUCCAUUCAUUUUCAACACAUGCCUGGCCUGUAACGACAGCACUCCUCAGUGGGCUCAGACACUUUACUUCUCUCCCUUCAUUAUCAUCUUCCAGAUCGGCUGGGCAGCCACGCAGAUCUCACACCUCUCUCUCAUCCCGCAUCUCGUGUCCAGCGAGAGCGACAGGGUGGAGCUCACCUCGUACAGGUAUGCCUUCUCUGUGGUGGCCAAUAUCACUGUGUACACUGUGGCCUGGCUGCUCUUUCACUUCCAGGCUCAGCACAAUGGGGACACCUCCAUCACAGAUAACCUUGGCAAGGUGGACAUCCCCCUUUUCAGAACUCUGGCCCUGGUUAUGCUGGGUACAGGAGCUUUAUUCUCUAUGCUUUUCCACGUUGGUACUAAAGAGGAAGUGACCGAUUCAAGGAGCGAAAAUCAGAUGAUUCUACCAUCCCCCUCGCAGGAAGCGUGGCCUGAUCUUGUGUUUCAGUGGAAGCAUUGGCUGAAGGAGCCUUCCUUCUACCAGGUGGCUUUCCUGUACAUGUGCACCAGAUUAAUAGCCAAUUUAUCGCAGACCUACAUCUCAGUUUACCUCACCAACUCACUAAUGUUACCAAAGAACUACAUUGCCAUUAUACCUCUGGUGAUGUACAUCAGUGGCUUCGUUUGCACUCUGGUUAUGAAACCAGUCAGCAAGCUCAUGGGAAUCAGUAUUACCUAUUUGGUCGGCCUGUUGUUGGUAGUUGGAUUCGCCGUCUGGGUGCUUGUGGACAAGAGCAUGGGAGCUGAGAAGAUCUACGGAGCUGCUGUGCUGCUGGGAGCAGGUACAGCCUCAAUCCUGGUCAUGGCCUUGUCCAUGACAGCCAAACUCAUCGGGGAGCAGACGGGAAGUGCAGCCUUUGUUUAUGGAUCAAUGAGCUUCACAGAAAAGGUGGCUAAUGGUCAGAGUAUCAUUCUCAUCCAGAGCAUACGGCCAUGCGGCACAGAGGACUGCUGCCAAGACUGCAUUUGGUUUUAUCGUGGCAUCAUGGUGUCAGUAACCGGGGGCGUGGCCGUGGCUGCAGCACUGUGUCUGUGCACCGUUGUAUUCUGGCCAAUCAGGAUACGGAAAAGUUAGGGCUCAAAAUCUACACAUAACCUAUUAUAAUAUGAUCGUAGAGGUCGGUGUGUUUUAUCCUAGAUUUUUCUUCAGAUUUAGCAUUUAAAUCCGGUAUUAUUCAGCUGGAUACAGAGUACAAUUGUAUUUAAGUUCUUACAAUUUGAGAGCUCUUACAAUAUUUUAUCAUGUAGCUACAGUACUUUAUCAUUUUUUUUCAAAUUAUUUUGAAGCUUGGAUAGAGCCUUUGUUGCUACACAGGUUAAAUGGUUUGGUGGCUAGUACUAUGCUACCACCUAGUGUAUGAAUCUGUAACCACAGUGCUUUUCCUGGAGGGGCGUGUAGGUUUUUAAGGAGAAAUACUACAGGCUGAAACCUAGUGUCUUUCAUGCACUGAUCAAAUUUGAGAUUUCGUGCUAUAUUGUUCCCACAGCAUCUCUUUCAGACUAGUGAAAAAAUAAACAUCCAAAAUACA